CCUACGUGACUUUUCGGUUACCAGCCUGCGGUUCUUUGCAGAGGUUAGGUUGGCCAAGGCUGCAUCGAUGUAAUCCAGUCACGCUAACACACGUUAUCUUAUCGAUAAAUGAUGCUUAUAUCUUAACGAUAUAUGGUGCUAUACGUAUCAGCUGA